AUGAGCAUCUUCCAGUAUUUUGAUAGUGGCACUUUUUAUGCCAUCCGGAUGGAAGAUUUUCAGGAAGGGGAAAAAAAAGGAGGGUUAUGCAUUCUGAAGCACCCACUCCACUUGCACCUCAUUUUGUACAUCUCCAAGAAGAGCAAUGGGGGGAAAACUGACAACAACAACAAAAAUCAAAAUGAGUAUCUGCUUGCUGGACCCAAAGGAGACAACAUUUAUGAAUGGAGGUCAACUAUACUGGGCCCUCCAGGGUCUGUAUAUGAAGGUGGAGUUUUCUUCCUUGACAUCACCUUUUCACCGGACUACCCCUUUAAACCACCUAAGGUAACAUUUCGGACAAGAAUCUACCACUGUAACAUUAACAGCCAAGGUGUCAUCUGCCUGGACAUUUUAAAAGACAACUGGAGUCCAGCAUUAACCAUUUCUAAAGUUCUCCUCUCCAUCUGCUCCCUCCUCACAGACUGCAACCCAGCUGACCCCCUGGUUGGAAGCAUUGCCACUCAGUAUAUGACUAACAGAGCAGAGCAUGACAGAAUGGCCAGACAGUGGACCAAGAGAUACGCUACAUAGGAACCUCCUCU